UGUAAUAUGCAGUUAAGCUUUUCAUAUUAUAUAGUGUUUUAAUUAAGCCUUCUUAAAUCUCAUCGAUCUUCAUAUAAACUCCUCGUGGCCGCAACCUUAUUCGAUCGAUUUUUCUGGUUUCGGAGCAAUCGAGUUCACGUAAACCGUUGGAGAUCACCGCCGGCUCGUUCCCAAUCGGUCUGUUCAUCUUCGUUUUCGUUUUGCUUUUCGCGAAUCGACUUUCGUUCUCGUUCCCAUUCUUGUUCUUGUUCCUGUUUUUUUCGAUGGUGAUGGAGGAUACCGAGAGUUGCAGCAGCAGAGUCCACGAUACGUCGCCGGCGCAGUCCCGGCAGCAGAGGCAGAAGCUCGAGGUAUACAAUGAGGUGCUUUGCCGGCUCAAACAAUCGAGCAACGACGAGGCCCUCCUGCCAGGCUUCGAAGACGAACUGUGGACUCACUUCAAUAGGCUUCCCACUCGGUAUGCUUUGGAUGUGAAUGCGGAGAGGGCAGAAGAUGUUCUCAUGCACAAGAGGUUGCUGCAUCUCGCCCACGACCCUGACAACAGACCUGCAAUUGAAGUGCGCCUAGUUCAGGUUCAACCAACAUCUGAUGGGAAUUCUGUUGAUUCCAUUCAGUCACACUCUCCGAAUAAAGAAGAUGCACAAAGUUCUUUAAACUACUCUACCAGGCAGAGCAUUCAUCCACCACCUGCUUUUGGUUCAUCUCCUAAUCUUGAGGCUCUUGCCCUUGAAGCUAGUAAAUCUCAAGUUAAAGAUGGGGACAGCUCUGUCCAUGCCAGUGCACUGUUUUUAAGGCCCAUGCAUGAAAUCACAUUUUCAACAGAUGACAAGCCAAAACUCCUCAGUCAGUUGACUUCUUUACUUUCUGAGCUUGGGCUGAACAUUCAAGAAGCACAUGCUUUUUCUACAAUUGAUGGUUUCUCUUUAGAUGUCUUUGUUGUUGAUGGUUGGCCGUAUGAGGAAACAGAGCAGCUUAAAACUGCAUUGGAAAAGGAAGUUUUGAAAAUUGAGAACCAUUCAUGGCCAAGUCAUCAUUCAUUAUUACCUUUAGGAGAGCAAGAGCAAAGGCUAAUCAAAUGUGAGCCUGACCAUGUAACUAUACCCAAUGAUGGGACGGAUGUGUGGGAAAUUGAUGGCAAACAUUUGAAAUUUGAGAACAAAAUUGCAUCUGGUUCAUAUGGUGACUUGUACAAGGGUACAUAUUGCAGUCAGGAAGUGGCUAUUAAAGUUCUAAAACCAGAGCGCUUGAACUCAGAUUUGCAGAAGGAGUUUGCCCAAGAAGUCUUCAUCAUGAGGAAAGUUCGACACAAGAAUGUUGUACAGUUCAUAGGCGCGUGUACUAAGCCUCCAAGCUUGUGCAUUGUAACAGAAUAUAUGUCUGGUGGAAGUGUGUAUGACUAUCUACACAAACAAAAGGGUGUUUUUAAGCUGCCAUCCUUACUUAAAGUAGCAAUUGAUGUUUCGAAGGGGAUGAACUACUUGCACCAGAACAAUAUAAUCCACAGGGAUUUGAAGGCUGCAAAUCUUUUGAUGGAUGAAAAUGACGUUGUCAAAGUAGCUGACUUUGGAGUUGCCAGAGUCAAAGUUCAAUCCGGAGUCAUGACAGCAGAAACUGGGACAUAUCGAUGGAUGGCACCUGAGGUUAUUGAACAUAAGCCAUACGAUCACAAGGCUGACAUUUUUAGUUUCGGAGUUGUGUUAUGGGAGUUGCUUACUGGAAAGAUUCCAUAUGAAUACUUGACCCCGUUGCAAGCAGCUAUUGGAGUUGUUCAGAAGGGUAUGCGGCCUACAAUCCCUAAGCACACCAAUCCAAAGCUCAUCGAGCUGCUUGAGAGAUGCUGGCAGCAAGACCCAGCAUUAAGACCCGAUUUCUCCGAAAUUAUAGAGAUCUUGAAGCAAAUAGCCAAGGAGGUUGGUGAUGAAGGUGAGGAUCGGCGCAAGGAGAAGUCAUCCAGUGGACUCCUAUCCGUCCUCAGACGUGGUGGCCAUUACUGAUACAUAAAGCUAGAGAAGAUAUGUUUUGUGCUUUGAACAUAGGCUCUAAUUGUAUUGGCCAUUACCCAUCUAACGCUGUACAGUAUUUUCUCGACACAAGGAACGUUGGUUUUUUUUCCCCCUUUAUUUUUAAGCAUAUUCAGCUUCCAAUCUUCUCUUCCGGAAAAAAAAACAAUCUCCCGAACCAACCAGACAUUGUUUUCAUAGUGCCAACAUAGAGUUGGUAAGACUGGUGUGGAUGAGCAUUGUAACUAUGCAAACUCCUGCGGCAAUACAACUGCAAAUUAGUAAAUACAGUUAUUCUUUUACUUGCCA